UCUGUACGAUUCUCGGAGUAAACGAAUAACCGACUAAAAUAAGCGACAAUAAUUUUUUCAAUAGUUUAGAAACUCAGGCGCUUUAUACUUUAUGUGCACCGUACAUUUUGUGAUGUGUAAACAUUUUCUCAUGAAUUUUUACAGACCGUAGUAAUCGAUCCGUUUAACUUGAGAAAUAAUGUUCCUUAUUCGAUUAAACAUACUCGUCUUUCUUUUUCUUCCAAAAAAUGCAAAAUCGCAAGAUUUUUUCAACGCCGACAAACAAACACCUUUCAUUUUAGAUAUUUGCAAAUUAUCCGCAUCGAAAUCUGUAAUUUUCUUACACUAUGAAUCUAUAAAAGAGAUGGAAAUGACAACGAUGAUUUUCAAAUGGAGACGUGCACUUUCUCGUGAAGGGAUUGCGAGCACGAAUUUGCAUUUUUCACAAUUGCACAAAUCAUCGUACUACGUAAAACAAAUUGUACGACCGUAUUACAUAGCAGUGAUCUCUAAUAACAACGCGAUUAAUGCGUUCUCUUUAGCAACAAGUACCUUUGACAUGUCUUCAGCUAUGUGGCUAGUAAUAUUCAUUUACAAGGAACAUGGUUUCGAUUAUUGUCACAAUCCACCAGGUAAUAUAUUUCAUCUAAAAUUCGACUCAGAAAUGUUAGUCCGUUGUGGUACGGAAAAUAUUUUACGGGAAUGGUAUUCGGUCGAUACGAAUCUAAUCGAGAUCAAUGACGUAGCUAUAUGGAACUUAGAGAAAGGAAUCACUAAAAUGGUUACAAAUUCUCUUUACGACAGAAGAUAUAAUUUACAGGGUUUGAUCAUGAAAGCUGUUACAGUUAAGGGUUCAUCUUUCAUUAACGUAAAAAAAAAUAGCGAAUUAGGUGGUAUUUUCAGUGAGCUAUUAAAUCAAAUUUGUAUUACUCUCAACGUUAGUUUCGACAUUGUCUCGGAAGUAGAAGAAUUCGGAAGAUGGAAUCCAAAUAAACAGACUUGGUCUGGAGCAAUUGCAGAAUUAUAUUCUGGACGUGCCGAUAUUUCUCUUUCAGGUUUUUCUAUUACCAGUGCCAGAUUGAAUGUUGUUGACUUCACUCUUCCUAUUUCAUACACCAAAAACCUUCUUGUUAUGCAAGAACCAGAAAAAUUCGGGAUUAAAUGGUCAUCUCACUUUUUAACUUUCACUAAUUCUGUUUGGAUUGCUAUCCUUGGAAUAUUAAUAGCUUCAUCAAUCUUAUUUAUUUUUCUCAAAAUACAUAAUGGUACUGAUCGUAAAAUAGGAUGUUUAUUCAUCGAUAAUUUUCUAGAGAUUUGUGGCAUAUUGUGCCAACAGGGACUAGCAGAUUUUCCUGUUAGAUCUUCGCUAAGAAUAGCAUACUUCUCUUUAUUUCUUUUGGUUACCGUCUUAUCGGCCGCUUAUUCAGCAGGUUUGAUAAGCUUCUUAACGUCCACUACCCACAUUUUACCUUUUCAUUCAUUAGAGAGCUUCGUUGAAGAUGGUACUUACCAACUUGCCGUCGUUCGUGGUUCGGCUUAUUAUGAUAAAUUUGCAGUAAGUAUAAUACGUACGUGA